UUUUGUCAAUUAGACCCAAAACACAUGUAUCUUACCAAUAUACUUUACUGCUUAGUGCAUAGUCUUGGGUGGCUAAGCAUUUAUUAGUAGUCAGUGUGCAGUCAGGGCCAGCAAGGCAUUUUCUGCUGGCUGAAACACUGACCAACAUUCAUUCAUUCAUUUUCUACCGCUUUUUCCUCACGAGGGUCGCGGGGGUGCUGGAGCCUAUCCCAGCUGUCUUUGGACGAGAGGUGGGGUACACCCUGGACUGGUCGCCAGCCAAUCACAGAGCACACAUAGACAAACAACCAUUCACACUUACAUUCAUACCUAUGGACAAUUUGAAGUCGCCAAUUAACCUAGCAUGUUUUUGGAAUGUGGGAGGAAACCGGAGUACCCGGAGAAAACCCACGCAUGCACGGGGAGAACAUGCAAACUCCACACAGAGAUGGCCGAGGGUGGAAUUGAACCCUGGUCUCCUAGCUACACUGACCAACAUUUACAACUUAAAUUCUAAUAUUUGUUUUGAAAUUGUAUUAAUUUAUUCCCAUGUUCUCCUCGUGCGUGCAUGGGUUUUCUCCGGUUUCUUCCCACAUUCCAAAAACCAUGUAUGUUAGGUUAAUUGGCGACUCUAAAUUAUCUAAACCAGGGGUGCUCAUUAAGUCGAUCGCGAGCUACCGGUCGAUCGCGGAGGUGGUACUGGUCGAUCGCUGGUCGAUCGCGGCGUGACAUUACAAAAAUAUCAUCCCAGCAUCAAUGCCGUCACUUGAUUGAUAUACAGGGCAGCCAUUCAGAUGACAACUGAAUGUUGCCCUUCGGGUGACCAAUCAAAUCAAACAACAUCUCUAAGUGCAGCAGAACUUACGAUGUCAGCCUAUCAUCCAUCCCCGUUACUUGAUUGACAUACAGGACAACCAAUCAGAUGACAACUGAAUUUUGACCUUUAGGUCACCGCUCAUGCGUAAACAACGAUGCAAAGUGCUAAGCUAGUCGGCGAAUUGCGAGAUUUUAAAGCCCUCGCUAAAGUUUAUGGUCACUAAAAUGAGUGAAGGAGCUGGACCAAGUAAAAAGGCAAAAACUGGACCAAGUAAAAAGGCAAAAAACAUAUCACUUCCAUACGUAUAUGGAAUAUUGUGAUACGGAUAUUAUCCAUGACUGAUAAACAUUUGGAAGUGUGCUUGAGGCUGGCUAUCAGCAGCUACUGUCCGGACUAUGCAUCCCUGGCUGGUUCAAUUCAGUGCAAGUCAUCAAAGUAAACUCAGACAUGGAUCCAGACAGAGUGACCAUAUGGCCACGUAUGGAGCCCUUCCUCCUGGGUGCCCUUCAGGUGGCACCCACCUCCAAGCUCAGCCUGCACUACCUCCGCAAGAUGGCCACCUAUGUGCGGAGCCGCGACGGAUGCUUCCCCUCCCUGGGCUGGCCCAUGUGGAGGCACAUCGCAUGCGGAAAGCUGCAGCUUCCAGAAGACCUGGCAUGGCUGUACUUUGAGACCUUUGACCUUUUCACCAGCAACUCACCUCAAGAGCGGUUGGAGAGAGUCGACUGUCUUUCACAGUGUUCUAAUAAAAGUGAACUGGAACAGCAGAGGAAUAAGAUGUCUGUGGACACGCUGCAGUUCCUCCUCUUCCUUCACAUUCAGCAGCUGAACCAUGUGUCUUUGCGUAGUUCUCUGAUUGGUGAAGAGUGGCCCAGCCAUCGAACACGCUCCUUGUCUUCAUCAGACAGAGAGGCCAAGACUAGCUCCCAGAACAAGAACUGGGACGACCAGGCCCACUUGUCAUUCGUGCAGAACCACCUCGCUGAGCUUCUGGAGCUGCUGGUGGAGCCCGACCAGCUGUCAGAGUCUGGCCUGGCCCUGCGUGACUGUCAGAUAUCGCUAGAGGCCUUGCGCAGUUUGGGCCUGCUCCUGGAGGGCUUACCCCACCCAGGCAUGCCUGUCCAGCCUGUCCACAGGCUGCUAAGCAAAGGUCCGCUCCAGGUGCAAGCGGGCUACAGUGUACUGAACAACUCAUUCCCUUUGCACCAGUUGCUCUCCUGUCUCCAGCAGAACCUCACUCUCAAUCCUUUUGGUAUAAAGGCCUGCCUGCGCUCUGGGAAGAAACUAGCUUGGGCCCAACAAGUCGAGGGCACCAUGAAGCGAGCCAAGAUAGCCCGAAACACUCACAUGGCUCCAGCUGGCAGUAAGAUGGUGCUCAUGUCUCAGGUCUACAAACAGACCCUCGCCAAGACCUCUGACAAGCUGACAGGGGCCAACAUUAAAAUCCAUCGAUGCUCUGAUGCCUUCAUCUACCUCCUCUCUCCUCUCAGGUCAGUCAGUGUGGACAAAUGCAGAGACUGCACGGUGGUUCUGGGCCCUGUGGAGACCAGCGUCCAUGUGCACUGCUGCCAGAAUGUGCGUGUGGUGUGCGUGGCGGGGAGGAUCGCUGUUGGUGCGUCAUCACGCUGCACGGUCCAUGCCCUGACGCCCACCCGCCCUCUUCUACUGCCUGGGAAUGCCGACAUCACCCUGGGCCCCUACCACACCUUCUACCCCACCUUGGAGGACCACAUGGGUAUCGUGGGGCUGGCGGUGGUCCCCAACUUGUGGGACCAGCCGCUGCUGCUGGGGACCGAUGGCCUUGUCAAAGAUCUCACCGCUAACCCCGAUCAGGCCUGCUACCGCCUCCUGCCCCCUGAGGAGUUCCAUAUGCUGGUGGUGCCUUUCCAGAUGAAGGGAGACACAUUUGAGGUGCCAGGGGAGUUGCCACCACGCUACCAGGCAGCGCUCUACGAGAAGAAGAAGAGAAUACAAAGAUGGCAGAAGACUGUAAUGGAGGCCCGGCUCAACAAGGAGCAGAAGUGCAAGUUCCAGGAACUGGUGGAGGCCAAGUUCCAUGAGUGGCUCCUGGAGACGGGCCAAAGGCAAGAACUGGACAGCCUUAUACCACCCCCUCUCCAGUUCUACGGCGGUGCCCCCCGGGGAGACGAGCUGCCAGUUAAUGUUGCAGCGUACAUUACAAGUAAAGGGGCGGUGGGGCAAUCGCCGAUGGCUUGUUGAACUCAAAGGGGGCCAGUAGCACUUCACGACACCUUACACCUCAGUUCUAUUUAUUUAAAUGAAGAGUAACGAGUCAUUUACAUGUUUUAGGGAACUAUUAUUAUGGUAAUCAGGUUGAACUUAUAGUAAAGUACGGGUCCAUUAGGGUGAAGACUCUAUGCUGUCUUCUGUAUGAAAAUAGAAUUAACUGAAGUACAGUAGGGUGAGCAUUUAACUAAGAUAAGAUAUGCCUUUAUUCGUCCCUCAGUGGGGAAAUUUGCAACUAUUAGGACUAUGAUUUCUAGCACUGGGUAGGGCAUGAACAUCUGACAUCAAUGUUAAUCCGCUUCUUGGCAGAAGUCACCACUGAUCUGUUUAUUUUGUUUGACUCCAUGAUGAGAAGGAAAGUUUAACAUUUUGUACCAAAUCGAAAAAAAAAGUAUAUUUUUCCUGUAAAAGUGAAUGUUUAUUGUAAUUAUCCAUACAUCCCAGCCGCAUACCGAAUACUGAUUGUUUUGCACUUCAUAUACAUACUCCGAAUGUAGUUUGUGAAGGGCAUUUUGGCUUCCUGUUAGCACACGUCUCUUUGUCAUGGUAUAUCACAGUGACUUCAAACAAUGGAUUAUGAGGUUAUAUGUAUUGGAGAAAUGCCUGUAGAAAUGAAUGUAGCACAGCUGUCUCCCGUGCAGCUUUUAGCUCGAUUAUAUUUGCUAAUAAAACAAAGAUGAUAAUAUUCACUAAAAAUGCCCAUUUUCUUAAGUUUUUUUUUAAAACGUAUAUGGAUAUAUAGUAAUAGGAAUAUACACUGACUGGAUAUUUUAUUUACAUAAUGAAGUUUUUGAUACUUAAUAUAACAAUGUUUAUUUAGACUGUCGUUAUUUUAAUGACCUAUCGAGUAGACACACCUCCCAAAACCAUGUAUUGUUACCUCGUGUGUUGGAUGCACCGCAUGAAAUGUCCUGUAAGUUUGUUCAAGUGACACUGGAAGUGUAUCCGCACCUUUUUAAAAGGAAAAAAAGAUGGCGCCUAGAGCAGUGUCAAACCAGUAGCAUAAAUAAGUCCUGACUUGGCAGGACCUCCCUCGCCAGGUGGGGGUUAUGCCGGUGGAGCUGGCAUGUGCGAUACGAGGGGGGGAGAGGGCUGG